AUGGUUGCCCUGCAACUGAAGAGACUCGAGGAAAUCAUGCCAUUCGCGGUGACCCAGAAAAGACUUUUACUUUUUGAUACAACUCAAUUCAAACAAAGGCAUGGUGGCUAUAUCAUAGCUAAGACAUUCUUUGAGAAAUAUUCAUUAUCGGUCAUCUUAUCUCGACCCACAUACAUAGACAGAAUCGAAAACAGAAGUGUCAAGAUGUUGAAGUUGUUGGCGUUGGGUUGUAUCAUGGUACUGGGCCCAAUGGUGGUAGACUCCCAGAAAAUCCAGUUGGAGUGUGGUGUUGAUAUUGUCGUUAUUCUGGAUAUAUCUUGCAGCAUCUCUCCGACAAACAAGACAAUCGUGCAUGAAUUCAUGAUAAACUUUGCCGAUCGCUUGGAUAUUGGUCCUUCACCGGAGAAAGCACAAUUGGGCCUUGUAACAUUUGAUAAGUUCGUCUAUGACGAAUUCUUUUUGAAUACCUACUCCUCAUCAGGUCCUAUUGUUGACCACAUCACGAAAAUGGAUAUUCACCCUGAAAAUGACUUUAGGCCGAGAUGUGGUACUAGAACAGAUUUAGCUCUCAGGUCAGCUAAAACAUUGCAACUUACAAGCGCUAAGGGUCUUCGGGAUCCAAUGGGAAUUUUGAAUCCUCCGAUACAAAAGGUCGUACUGGUUAUCACUGAUGGUGCAACGUUUCCUGCAUCCAAAGCCGGGGACACUAAAAAAGAAGCGAGGGCGCUAAAAGAAGAGACUGGAGCUAAGGUAUUCGUGGUUAGUUUACCAAACGCUAAACACAAAGACGGGUCUGCUGAAUUCUCUGCGAUCGCCAGUCAGCCUACAGAAAAUUUCCUUAUAAACAAAGGUUUCGUCGAAUUGCUUAAUUCCUUAGAAGAAAUCCUGGCAGGUUUCUGUGAUCCUCCAAUAACCGAACCACCUGUGGUCGACCUGGACCCCUGCAAGAAGUUUGCGUCCUUCCAGAGAACUUGUCCCAUCACUAUGUCAGCGUGCCAUCCUUCCAACAGACGAUGCUGUGGCUGUCCCUUCAUGUUUAUGGACCCCACUUCAAAGUCUAUGAAAUCGCCAUUUGAGUUGGCAUACAAAGAAGGCAAGUGUAUUUGUGAGGACUGUGUGAGAAGAUCGUACUACUGUCUCCCUAAGGAGCUAAGAGAAAUAUUGGGAUAUGGAAAGCCGGAAGUGAAUUUCUUCCACCCAUCAGUAAAAAGGAUACCUUAA